AUGGGUUGCGGUAUGAGCACAGAGGAGAAGGAGGGCAAGGCCCGGAACGAGGAGAUUGAGAACCAGUUGAAGAGAGAUAAGAUGAUGCAGCGAAAUGAGAUUAAGAUGCUUCUUCUCGGAGCCGGUGAAUCUGGAAAGUCGACAAUCCUGAAGCAAAUGAAGCUGAUCCACGAGGGUGGGUACUCGCGCGAUGAGCGCGAAUCGUUCAAGGAAAUCAUCUUCAGCAACACAGUCCAGUCAAUGCGCGUAAUCCUCGAGGCCAUGGAGUCGCUCGAGCUUCCUUUGGAUGACCAGAGAGCCGAAUACCAUGUUCAAACCAUCUUCAUGCAACCGCAACAAAUCGAGGGUGACAAUCUUCCUCCGGAGGUUGGUGGUGCCAUUGCUGCUUUGUGGAGAGAUGCCGGCGUUCAAGACUGCUUCAAGCGAUCAAGAGAGUACCAAUUGAACGACUCUGCGAGAUACUACUUCGACAACAUUGACCGCAUUGCCCAGCCCGACUACAUGCCAAAUGACCAAGACGUCCUCCGAUCGCGUGUCAAGACCACAGGUAUCACGGAAACCACCUUCAUCAUUGGAGACCUCACUUACCGCAUGUUCGAUGUUGGUGGACAGCGUUCCGAGCGUAAGAAGUGGAUCCAUUGCUUCGAGAAUGUUACUACUAUCCUCUUUCUCGUUGCCAUCUCCGAGUACGACCAGCUUCUUUUUGAAGAUGAGACCGUCAACCGUAUGCAGGAGGCGCUCACAUUGUUCGAUUCCAUCUGCAACUCGCGCUGGUUCAUCAAGACCUCAAUCAUCCUGUUCUUGAACAAGAUUGAUCGUUUCAAGGAGAAGCUCCCAGUCAGCCCAAUGAAGAACUACUUCCCCGAUUACGAAGGUGGUGACGACUAUGCUUUGGCCUGCGACUAUAUCCUGAAUCGCUUCGUCAGCUUAAACCAGCACGAGACGAAGCAAAUCUACACCCACUUCACUUGCGCCACCGAUACCACCCAGAUCCGAUUCGUCAUGGCUGCAGUCAACGAUAUCAUCAUUCAAGAAAACCUCCGUCUCUGCGGUCUCAUCUAA